AUGUCUAAGACGCACAGGUCUUGGGCCCACCAGAGGCAAAAUCCAUUUCCUUCCCAAUGCCACCCAAAACAAGAGAUGAAUUUCUUCCAGCAACAGCCACCCCCAUUUGGUGCAGCACCAAGACAAAUGAUGUUUCCCCCUAACUGGCAGGUGGGAGAGAAGGGCCCUAUUAACCUCACGCAGGACUUCAACUUUCUGACAUUGAACCAGCAGCCGCCAGUCAGGAACUUGAGCCAACAGUGGGAAAAGGAGCCUGAGAACAACCUGUUCAGCCAUUACGAGCAGAGGGUGCGCCCCUGCAUCGACCUCAUUGACUCCCUGCGGGCCCUGGGCGUGGAGCAGGACCUGGACCUGCCCGCCAUCGCUGUCAUUGGGGACCAGAGCUCAGGCAAGAGCUCUGUGCUGGAAGCUCUGUCGGGAGUCGCUCUUCCCAGAGGCAGUGGAAUUGUGACCAGGUGUCCGCUGGUGCUGAAACUGAAGAAGCAUCUGCAGGAGGAUGGGUGGAAGGGGAAGAUCAGCUACCGCCACACGGAGCUCCUGCUGCAGGACCCCUCCCAGGUUGAGAAGGAGAUACACAAAGCCCAGAACACCAUCGCUGGGAAUGGUGUUGGAAUUAGCCACGAGCUCAUUAGUCUGGAGAUCUCCUCCCCUGAGGUUCCGGAUCUGACCCUCAUUGAUCUUCCCGGCAUCACCAGGGUGGCUGUGGGAAAUCAGCCCCAGGACAUCGGACAGCAGAUCAAGGCUCUCAUCAAGAAGUACAUCCAGAGGCAGCAGACUAUCAACUUGGUUGUGGUCCCCUGCAACGUGGACAUCGCCACCACGGAGGCACUGAGCAUGGCUCAGGAGGUGGACCCCAAUGGAGAUAGGACCAUAGGGAUCCUGACCAAACCAGAUCUAGUGGACAAGGGCACUGAGAAAGGAGUCAUGAAUGUGGCCCGUAACCUCACAUACCGUCUCAAGAAGGGCUACAUGAUAGUGAAGUGCCGGGGCCAGCAGGAGAUCACCAACAAGCUGAGCUUGGCAGAGGCGACCAAGAAAGAAAUGGCAUUCUUCCAAACACAUCCGUACUUCAGAGUCCUCCUGGAGGAAGGGAAGGCAACAGUGCCCUGCGUGGCAGAGAAACUCACCGCCGAGCUCAUCGCACACAUCAAUAAAUCACUCCCGUUGUUAGAAAAUCAAAUAAGGGAGAACCACCAGAGGGCGACAGAGGAACUGCGUCAAUGUGGAGCUGACAUCCCCAGCCAGGACUCUGAUAAAAUGUUCUUUCUGAUUGAGAAAGUUAAAAUGUUUAAUCAGGACAUUGAAAAGUUAAUAGAAGGAGAAGAAGUUGUAAAGGAGACAGAGACCCGCUUAUAUAACAAAAUCAGAGAGGAAUUUAAAAACUGGGUACUCGUACUUAUAGCCAAUACCGAAAAAGUUAAAAAAAUUAUUCAUGAAGAAGUCUCGAAAUAUGAAAAGCAGUAUCGUGGCAAAGAGCUCCAUGGGUUUGUCAGCUACAAGACGUUCGAGGCCAUAGUGCAGCAGUACAUCCAGCAGCUGGUAGAGCCUGCGCUGAACAUGCUCCAGAAAGCUGUUGAAAUUGUCCAUCAAGCUUUCACUGACAUGGCCAAAAAACAUUUUACCGAAUUUUCCAACCUGAUUCAAACAGCCCAGAACAAGAUUGAAGACAUAAAAAUGAGACAGGCAGAAAAGGCAGAGAGGAUGAUCCAACUUCAGUUCCAAAUGGAGCAGCUGGUUUAUUGUCAAGAUCAGAUUUACAGCGCUGUCCUGAAGGAGGUCCGAGAAGAGCUGUUCAACCCAUUGGGAAAGCCCCCACAGCUGAAUUCCUCUGUUUUAAAUGAUUCCUCUUCAGUUUCCUCCAUUACUGAGAUAGGUGUCCACCUGAAUGCCUAUUUCUCGGAAACCAGCAAACGUCUCGCCAACCAGAUCCCAUUCAUAAUUCAGUUUUUCAUACUCCGAGAGAAUGGUGACUGGCUGCAGAAAGCUAUGAUGCAGAUACUACAGGAAAAAGACCACUAUUCCUGGUUGCUGCAAGAACAGAGCGAAACCGCCACCAAGAGAAGAUUCCUUAAGGAGAGAAUUUACCGGCUCACACAGGCACGGCAGGCCCUCUGCAAAUUCUCCAUGGAGCAGCUCCGUUGA